AUGCCGCAAAGUACAUGGCAGGAAAAAGUCAGAGUCAAAGCAUCUGAGACUAAGGAUAAUAUUCCCGUCGAGUGGCGCCUGUCAACAUGCUAUCUUGAUGUGUCGCAAGACAGUCAUGAGUCCGUUCUCGAUAUCCCGCGCCGCUGUGGGAUCCUAUCACCAAGGGAGAUUCAUAUCACUGAAGCGUUUGAUGCAACGGCCUUGCUCGAGAAACUUGCCUCUCAUGAGUUUUCGGCAGUUGAAGUCACCAGGGCAUUCUGUAAGCGUGCAGCCAUCGCCCAGCAGCUGACCUCAUGUCUCACGGAAAUGUUUUUGGAAACUGCUCUCCGCAGGGCUCGAGAGUUGGAUGAUCAUCUCCUGGCCACAGGCAAGACAGUGGGACCCCUCCACGGUCUUCCGAUCAGCCUCAAGGAAUGCUACAACAUUGCAGGCGUCCCAACGACCAUGGGAUUUGUGUCUUUCCUUGAUCGGCCCCCGCCGCAAAGCAACAGUGUUUUGGUAGAUGUCUUACUAGCGGCUGGGGCAGUGCUUUAUGUCAAGACGAACAUUCCCCAGACAAUGAUGACGCUUGACACGCAUAAUAAUGUCUUUGGCCGGACGCUGAAUCCCCAUCGUUUGUCGCUUACAGCCGGUGGCAGUAGCGGUGGUGAGGGAGCACUCAUCGCCAUGCGGGGAUCGCUGCUCGGACUUGGAACAGACAUCGCAGGCUCGAUCCGUGUCCCAGCGCUAUGCUGCGGAGUUAUUGGAUUCAAACCCUCUGCAAGCCGAGUCCCCUAUGGCGGGAUAACAUCUGUUGCGAGGCCCGGGAUGGCAGGCAUUGUCCCAUCGGCGGGUCCCCUCUCUCAUACGCUCAGAGACGCUGAACUGCUGCUGAAAGUAGUGCUCAACUCGAAGUCGGCAGACAUCGACGACACCGCAUUAGACAUUCCCUGGCGGGCGGGUGCUGAUCAGAAGCCAUUGCUCCGAGUCGGCCAGCUUCCAGAAGAUGCCCUCUACCCCCUGCAUCCUCCAAUGCAGCGUGCAUUGAAAACCGCCCUCAGCAAGCUUGAGGCCGCAGGACAUACCGUGGUCGACAUCUCGGAUCAGAUGCCAUCCAUAUCAGCCGCCAAGGAUAUUGCCUUUCGCUUCUUCAACAUGGACCCCGCCCGCACCGCGUUGACGCAUGUUACCAGCGGGAACGAGCCGUUCAUCCCGUCCCUGCAGUCCACAUACGACAUCGAAGGGCGCGCCCCAAAGCCGAAGCUCCUGGAGCUGUACGACCUCAAUGUUGCAAAGGCCCGUCUCCUUCCCUCCAUGAGGCGUGUAUUCGUCGACAACCAACUCGACAUAAUUAUUGGACCCGCAUACCAGAGCUGCGCUGUGCCACACGACACGUAUGGCGUUGCCACAUACACGGUGUUCUGUAACCUGUUCAACUUACCAGCCUGUGUCAUACCAUUCGAGAAGGCGGACAGCGCCAAGGAUGCAUCGUUUGUCCGAGACCUUCCGUAUACUCCGGAAUACAAACCACGGGAAGUUGAGGGGGCCCCGUGUCAUAUCCAGCUCAUAGGCCGAACUCUAAGAGACGAAGAGCUUCUGCAAAGUACCGCGAUCGUGGAGGCGGUGCUGAAGAGUUAGGAACGUGAAGAAACGCCAGACAUACUCUAGCUUCUUGCUGGCGAUGGAGCGGUUCAUAUUCUACUCGAUUGUCUGUGCCUGCAUCUACAGAGUUUCGUUUCCUUUUGGGAUUUUUUUUUCGCCCCGCAGGCUCAGUCUCGUUGAAGACUUAUAUAUGGUAACUGCGUUAUUAUUCAAGAGUCUGGCAUGGUGAUGGUAGGACGGACUCAAGCCGCGACUAGAACGACAGACUUGGCCUCGCGUUUCCAUUCGGUCAGCUUUCUGGUGCCUUUCUCUUAGUACUGAUAAAUUACUCUAUAAACUCCUUCCUGGGACAUAGCGGGGGUUCUAGUAUUAACUUAAUUAUAGAGUACCUUAUAUUGCGGACUCUAAUUAAACAUGCUUGGAAACGCUCAAGCUCCGCGCGAG